CCGCUGUGCGCCCGCUGCAGCUCUUAUCACCCUACGUCGAUAGUGUGUGUGGCGCCGUAUCGCCGCUCGCAAUCUCCAGCUUCGUCCGCUGCUGCUCCUGACUCCUCACCAACCACCUCCUCCUCCACCUCCGCCGCGCGAACCAGACACAGACGUCUCAGCCCAAAGUCGCUGACUCCUCUCCUGUUCCGCCUUUGUCCGUUCGCCGUCCAGCACGAUGGGGAGCUAUACGUUCAAGUGGGAACACUUCGCCAACGAGGUCUACGUCACCGGCGACUUCGACGACUGGAAGAAGACCAUCAAGCUAGAGAAGGAGGAUGGCGUCUUCAAGAAGACGGUCGAGCUGCCCAAGGCGAAGCACCAGUACAAGUUCGUCGUCGACGGGAAUUGGUGUACCAACGACACCGCGCCCGGGGAGACCGACAGUUCAGGCAACUACAACAACAUCCUGAGCCCCGACGACAUCCAAGAACCCGUCAGCACCCUCUCAUCCGCCGCUCCCGAGUCUACCACUGCCGCACUUGCAGGAGCUGUGCCCAAGGAAAGCGAAAAGUCACAGCCUAGUGAGUCUCUCCCUGGCUCGUUUCCUUUGACUCCUCCGGCCGAGACCCCCUCCAAAGAGCCGCAAGCAUUCUCCGUCAACCCCAUCCCUGCUACAGAGGGACUUGGGAAUCCCGUCAAGCUCGAGCCUGGUGAGAAGGUGCCCGACCCGUCUACGCUCACGAGCAACACUGUCGAGUCGACGGUGAAACAUGACAAGGAGCCCGCCGAGGAGGAGGAAAAGGUCAGUGUUGCUCCGAUACCAGCGACAGCGGGAGCCGGUAACCCGAUCCACCUCGCGCCCGGUGAGAAGGUGCCAGACCCAAGCACCUUGACAUCCAACACCAUCUCGAGCACGGCGAAGACGGAUGCUGCAUCAUACGAGAAGUCGGAUGCCGUUCCCCCCCAGCUUGGCCCUGUCAUCACGCCAGAGGCCGAGAGGGAGGCUAAAGGCGGUAUGUUUGGCUUGCCACCUCUUACGGGUGGGCUGAUUCCGGAGUCGAGCCUCCCCAAAGACACAGAUGCUAAGACAGAGCAAGACCCGGGCGUCACCAUCCAGUCGGCUGCCCCAACGAGCACCACCGCAGCGCUUGCCGGUGAAGUCCCCAAAGAGCCUAGGGGCGUCCCCGAGACCGUCGCCGACAGUCAGAAGGAAGCCGGCUUCACGCCCGAAGCUUCCGCCAACCCCGAGGCCGUCAUGGAGAAGAAAGAGGUUGAAGAAGAGUUGAAGGAGAAGGUGCCCGAGGAGCCACCCGCAGCCGAGAGCUCCACAACCGAGAAGGCUGGCGCGGCCGCCACGGCUGCCGCUGGUACGUUUGCCGCCGCCACGUAUGCUGCAAAGGACAAGGCCGCCGAGGCCGUUGGCUUGAACGGCCAGGCCACUGGUAGCGAGGUCCCGGAAGUUGUCACGGAGAGCCAGAAGGAAGCGCAUGCCAGCCCUGAGGCUGCCGCAAACCCCGAGGCAGUGGAAGAGAAGAAGCAAGUUGAGUCCGAGCUUCUGAAGGAAGUCAAGACGACCGACGAGGCAGGGGAGCCCGGCCCUACCGUUACGGCCGCCACGACCGAAGCCGCACCGGGUCUAUCUGAGGAAGCUCUGACCGAUACGGCGCCUCUCAAGUCCUCCAGCGAGCCUGAUGCUCUCAACGCACCCACCGCUAAGCCUGCCCUGCCAGAGACUGCUAAGCCGGUUGGCGACUCGCGUGACGUCUCCCCAAUGUCGAAGCCCACCACAACCGAACAGACGCAACCGACGGUGACUACUGGUCCCGAGACAGGCGCUGCUGAAGCAAAGACCGGCCCGGAGACGCCCAAGAAGGAUUCGACCGCACCCGAGUCCGCCAAGGCAACGCCCGAGAGCGUGGCAUCAGGCGCCACAGAUGACAAGAAGAAGAAGAGGCGUUCCUUCUUCGGCAAGCUGAAGGAGAAGUUUUCCGGCAAGUAAUCGUCCUGUCGCACCAAGCACAUAGCGGCAUUCUUGUGAAUGACCUUUCCUCAUUGUUCAUGUCCCCGGAGUUGGGUCUUUGGUCUAUACCACUGCCUUUUCCAUACCUCUCUUGUGCGAUUUACCCCCAUCUUCCUACAAUUUGUACGUUUUGUUAUGCAUAGUUCACCGCAGCGUGGGGAAUUGCU